AACGCAAAGAGACGAGCAGAAGUGGAGAGAAAGAUUCAUACACGCACAUAUAGCAUGACAUAAUACUCACAUGGAAAGAGAGGAAGUAGAGAGAGAAAAAAGAAGGUUAGUUCUCUCUCUCUCGAGCGUGUGUUAACGCCAUUGCCGUUUGUUGUACUUGAGAGCAUGGUUCGGGCUCUCCAAAGCUCCCUCCCUCCCUCCCUCUCUCUCUCUCUCUCCUCCAUCUUCUUCACUUGCGGCGAGUGGGUUGGGAGACAAACCAGGCGAAAUCUUGGCCCUAUUUCCUCUUCUGGCUCUGCCCUUUUCAUUGCUGGAAAUCCUAAAGCUCCCCUCUUCUGGUUGCGAGGCUGCCGCUGACCCGCAUUGCCUGAGCUGAAUUGGGUCUGACAGGGAUUGCUGCUCCAAUGCACGACGAAAUGAAGCUCCUUUCUUUUGGAUUGGUGAAAAGAAGCCAACUUUAUCUUACUAGCUGCCGUUUGUAGUUCCUGAAAUUCUCAGGAGAGCUUGAAUAUCAGGUAUGCAGAGAUGAAAUGAUGCUUAGAAGUUAGGGGGAGUGUGUUUAAGACAGGAGGAAUGGCAGUUGCAACCACCAUUUCAUUCAUGCAUUUGCUCGUGCAUUUUCUUUCCAUUUCACUCAUUGUUUCCUUUAUUGCUGGUCUUUCUUUCAUCAUAUGAGUCGCUCUCCGUUUCAGCUAGUCAGCUCGAGUGCUCUCUCUCUCUCUCUCUGUUUGUAGUUCCUGAAAUUCUCAGGAGAGCUUGAAUACCAGGUAGGCAGAGAUGAAAUGAUGCUUAGAAGUUAGGGGCAGUGUGUUUAAGGCAGGAGGAAUGGCAGUUGCAACCACCAUUUCUUUCAUGCAUCUGCUUGUGCUUUUUCUUUCCAUUUCACUCAUCGUUCCCUUUAUUGCUGGUCUUUCUUUCAUCAUAUGAGUCACUCUCCGUUUCAGCUAGUCAGCUCGAGUGCUCUCUCACUCUCCGUUACAGUUCUGGGGUUGAAAUGUGGAGAUUUCAAAGCAAGCCUGCUUUUUGGGGGCCAAUUUCCUGGUUUAUUUUCUGACUGGUCUCACCCUUCAGAUAGCGGGGUAGCAGAACUUGAUGGGAAAGUAGAUGCUUUUCCCAAGCAGUCUCAUGGUGAAAAUUUCUAACAAUCUAGUUUUCAGAGAACUGAAGAGACAGAAAGAUCACUACUUGGAACAUCAGUUUACAUGCCUACUGUCAAUGACGAUGGUUUGAUGGAAACUGGCGAAGGGAUUCGAGGGAGGCACUGUGAUGAAAUUGAUGGUGGGAAACCUUUACUAACACUGAAUUCUGUAACAGAUGGUGGUAAUGCUAUGCCCAGUCCUUGCAACAAUAAUUUUCCUCGUUCAGGAAGUGUUUACUCCUUGCCUGAUGCUUUGGCAUUAGCUUUCCCUCAUUCAGAUGGCAAGGCAAGUUUCUUUUCGCAUGACCUGGAAAAUGCUGAAAGGCACAGGGAGCUUGUACAAGAUACGUCAAUUGUUGCGUGGGAGAGUAAAAAUUAUUCACGUGAAGAGCAAGGAACUGAUGAGAUGGGACAUAAUCUGGCAACAUUGCAGGGUGAUCAUCCGGACUGCCCUAAUUCUUGCUUCUUAAGCGGUUGCAAAUCAUGCAAAAUUCUGUCAGAGAAUGUGGAACAGAUUGAUUUAAAUGACACAGAACAGUCUGCAAAUAAUGGAAAGGAGACUAAUCAGUGCAGUGUUGUAGAUGUUAUUUUGAAGAAGAAAGUAAGGAGGAGAUUGAAAAAGAUUUCUGAAAUAAAAUCAAUAGAAUUGCAUCAGACUCCGAUAAUUGGCCAGCCUUAUGAUAAGGCCAAGCCUCUGGAUGUCGAUGCAUCUCUUUCUCAAUUAGAGCUGGAUCAGAAGCAGGAACGAGUGGAGGCCGAAGCAAGAAGCAAGGGAAGCUACAAGUCCUCUAUCAGUUUCUCUGAGCACCAGUUUGAGAAGAAAAGGGUAAAACACAAGAAAAUCCGUCAGCGUUGUGAUGAUAUAGAGAAAGGAAAGAAAAGAUCACGAAAAUGUGAAAUUGAUGACGAUGAGCUAUUGGUUUCUGCAAUAAUAAAGAACAAGGAGGUAAGUGCAAGCCUCAGUGGAUCCAAGCCUAAAAGGAAGGGUUGCAAAUCAAGGGUUAGAAGAAUGAUGAAAAGCGAGACUGGUGGGUGCAGGCUGCUUCCAUGUCAGCUGGGAAAGGCAGGGAAGCUCUCCUUAGAGGGAAAGUGGUCUUUGUUAGGUGCUAGAUCAGUGUUGUCAUGGUUAAUUAAUUCUGGUGUCAUAUCUCCCAAGGAUGUGAUCCAAUAUCAUUCGCUUCAUCCUAUUCUCUUGUUUUAGUAAACUAGAUUUCAUUCACGAACUAACCAAACUACACGGGCUUUGACGCUCGCGGACA